UUUGCAAAUCAGAUAUCAAUCUGGAUGCAGCGAGUGCAGUGCUCCGAGAUGGCAAAAUAACUCGCUUCAAAGACUAGAGGACUGGUUUUUGGAUUGCACAGUGAUUUAAAGUGAGUGAGCUGGCUUUAAAGUGCGUAGGGCAGCUGCACCACUUCACAGCAGAUAGAGGUCCUGGGUCUGUUUUGUGAUGUGAUCGCGGGCUGCGCAAACUUGCGCUUUUGCGCACGAUGGAGGACCUUUUACGCGAACAGAAUAAUUGGACGCAAAAUGUUUCCUGGAGCAACUCAAGUCGAGGAAAUGACAGCCACACAGGAAACACCACAGUGAAUCCUUUGAAACGAAAUGAAGAAGUGGCCAAAGUGGAAGUUACCGUCCUGGUACUGGUGCUGCUGCUCGCUUUGACGGGCAACUUGUGCGUCCUGCGGGCCAUCCACACCACCAAGCACAGUCAGUCUCGGAUGUAUUACUUCAUGAAGCAUUUAAGUAUUGCAGACCUUGUCGUUGCUAUCUUUCAGGUCUUACCGCAGCUUAUUUGGGAUAUUACAUUUCGCUUCUACGGGCCGGAUUUGCUAUGCAGAUUGGUCAAAUACCUCCAGGUUGUGGGUAUGUUUGCAUCAACCUACAUGCUUGUCCUGAUGUCCAUCGACAGGUGCUUAGCAAUCUGCCAGCCACUCCGCUCCGUGCACAGGAGAAAGGAUCGCUUCUGUGUGAUCGCCUCUUGGAUGCUCAGCCUGAUAUUCAGCACUCCCCAAGCCUACAUAUUUUCUUUGAGGGAUGUCGGGAACGGUGUGUAUGACUGCUGGGGAGACUUUAUACAGCCAUGGGGUGCCAAAGCAUACAUCACAUGGAUGAGUCUCAGUAUUUACAUUUUCCCAGUGGCAAUUUUAAGCAUAUGCUAUGGCCUGAUAUGUUUUAAAAUAUGGCAGAAUUUCAAUUUAAAAACCAGAAAGGAUCAUUUCCUGGCUCUCACUCAAAGGCCCUCUAAAGGAGAGCAUCCCCUCUGUCGUGUGAGCAGCGUGAGGCUUAUUUCAAAAGCGAAGAUCCGCACAGUGAAAAUGACAUUUGUAGUAGUCAUUGCCUACAUUGUGUGCUGGACUCCCUUCUUCUUUGUCCAGAUGUGGUCUGCAUGGGAUCCUGCUGCACCAAGAGAAGAUAUAGCCUUCAUCCUUGCCAUGUUGUUGGCCAGUCUCAACAGCUGCUGCAACCCCUGGAUCUACUUGUUCUUUGCUGGCCACCUGUUCCAAGACCUGGCGCAGUGCUUUUUCUGCUGCUGUGGACAGUACCUGACAGCCUCCUCCUGCAGCUGUGAGGGACAGUGCAGGAACAAGAGCAACUCUUGCGUCAUGAAGAACAACAGCAGCCAGAGGAGCCUCACACACACACACACAUACAGCACAGGGGGACACUGAGGGGACAGCUGAAAGCCAUCCAGGCUUCCUGUUAUCCAGCAAUCCGGCAAUAUUGCGAGUCCCCCAUUUCAAGAAUUUAAACAUCUGCAGCGGCACUGCAGUGGCCAUUGCAACCUUUUGUUAUUGAGUUAAACAGACAAUAUAAACCUUCUGUGCCACAAUCCUGUAUUACUCUGUAGUUGUUUGUUGUUCCCUCCUUAAAUAAUAAUGUCUGGUUCUUUUAGUUGACUUUGACCUUGACAAACAAGGAAUUAUCAUACAAAGUAUAGUGAUGUUUCACAGGCUUCAAACCAAUCCAUUUAAACGACAUUUUCAGAAGUUAGGGCAGAUUACAAAAAUAGUUUUACUCUGUACAAAUGGGCACUCAGGUAGUUGCUGUAAUGAUUGUUAGGCCUUUCAAAGCAGCAUCUCUUUGUGUACAGUCAUUUCAAAGUGUUAUUGUAUUGUAUGUGCUACACCAAAUGUUGAUAUGCAUGAAUCAUAUUAAGGUAAUUAAGAUAAUACCGACUCUUAAGGCAUGGCUUAAUUCAAAUAUCUUCAUUGCAACAACACAAAAGAAGACCCAUCAUCAAAGCAAAAUACACAAGUAAUGCAUUUCACAACAUAGAGGCUACUUUCAAUGUUUACAGCAGACUCCUGUGCUUCAGAUCAAACAGUGUUUGUCCUUUAUGAUGUAAUAUGAAAUUCACUUUGUAAAUAGUUUCCACAUCUCCUUGUGAGUGUCUACACGUUUUUAUUAACCCUGUCUCUUGUUUUCCAAGUGGUUGGUGUUUUAGGGUAGUGAGUGUGCCUGGGCUUUUGGGCACACAGUAUAUUUAAUCUAGUUUAUAUCAAACUUGAAUAAUGGGUCCCCCUUGUGGCAGCACAGAUUAGGUUUUCUUUUUCUUUUGCACUAACAAAUGCAUGCUCAACAUAUGGAACAUGUCAGUAUCUGGAUCAGAUAAUAAGCAUUCUUGAGUUAUUAGGUAUGGUUUUUUUGUUUUGCUUUUUUUUUUACCACUUUAUUUUUCAACACAUUAUUUCAAACAUUGAUGCCAAACAGUUGUAGACCCCCCCAAAAUUAUUAGGUAUGUUUUAAAAUGUAAUUCGCUUAGAAGAUUGUCAAACUUAACAUGUGGUUUUAGGCAGCAUCCACAGGGAGCAGCUUUAGGUGAAAUAUGCUCAAGGGAACUCAAUAACAAGUGUCCAACACGUAGCACAGUUAAACAAUUGAAUUUACUCAUGCUUACAUCUUUUUGUCAUGGCAUACGUGGACACAUUGUAAGUGUAAAACACUCAUAUUGAACCAAAAACAUUAUUUAGUAAAAGUUUGGCUUACAUCAAUAUUGAGUUUAAAAGGGGAACAUAAUCGAUAGGUAGUUUUUAGAAAGUAAAAUCAUUGUAUUCAUCUGGUUAGAGACACUAAAUCACAUUAACAUUUAGAUCAACAUCUCUGCAGCACUUAUGUUUUGUGGAUCUGAAGUGAAAGUGAAAUGGCACUGUCCAAUGUUAGACAAAAAAUAUCUGAGGCCCUUGCUUGACAAAUGGACAUAAAGUACUUAAUUAAGUUAACCAUAGCAAAAUAUUUUAAAAGCAUCAUAUGGUUGUUUAGGUAUAGCAUUUUCGUUGGACACACACAUUUUCAAGCUUUAAUAUUCUUAAACGAUCACAAAAUUACACAAUUCUGUAAUGCAACUCAAUGAUAAUAAAGUAAAGAGAUUGUGUGCACCUUGA